UCCUGAACUUGAUCCUACAGCUCAAAACAAAAACCAACUUUUUUAAAUUAUUUUUUUAAAAUCGAUUGAUCAUCGUAAACGGUUCCCAUUUUCCAAUCUAAACUUUCCCAAAGAAAGAAAGAAGAAAAAAAAUCAGAGGAGAAUGAAUGAUGAAGGGAGAAACAGAGGUUCAGGUGUAGAUCAGCAGCAGCAGAACCAAUAUGGAACAUUCCAAGGAGUCGCUAACUACCCUCCUCCACGCCCUCCACGGCCGCACCAGCAGCAGCCCCGUGGGCAAAUGGGGCUUCCUCAGCCUUCUCCACCUCCCUCUACCCCUCCUCAGCAUUACCCCCGAGGCUAUAAGGCCGUGCCGGGAUAUGUUGUUGAUGAAGGAGGACCCGAAGAUAGCCUACCGUGCUGUGGCCUUGGUGUUGGAUGGUUCUUGUUUAUCAUUGGUUUCUUCCUUGGGGCCAUUCCCUGGUAUAUUGGAGUCGUUAUUUUAGCUUGUUCAACGAUAGACUACCGAGAGAAACCCGGAUAUGUUGCUUGCUCAAAUGGCGCCGUUAUUGCGACAAUUGCACUCCUUGUUGGUCUAAUAACGAAAUAAUGGUAAAACAAAUAUUGUUUUCUUCUGACAGAGAGAUGUAUAGGUUUCAAAAUAAUGUAUAUGCUAUGCCCCUUUUUUCAGUAAGUUGUCUUUUAUGAUAACUUGCUACCAACAAUUCGCAUCAAGUUAUGAA